AUGAGCUGCAAUGGCGAGCAAGGUUGGAAUGAAGCUCAUGCUACCUUCUAUGGAGGUGGUGAUGCCUCUGGCACUAUGGGUGGGGCGUGUGGGUAUGGCAAUUUGUACAGCCAAGGCUACGGCACCAACACAGCUGCCCUGAGUACAACUCUGUUCGAGGACGGGCAGAUGUGUGGGGCCUGUUUUGAGGUGAAGUGCGUGGACGACGAAAAGUGGUGCCUCCAGGGCUCGAUUAUGGUGACGGCCACCAAUUUGUGCCCGUCUAACAAUGCCUUACCGAGCAAUGACGGCGGGUGGUGCAACCCGCCCAACGUGCAUUUCGACCUCUCGCAGCCCGUUUUCGAGAAGAUUGCCAAACAGGAAGCUGGGAUUGUUCCUCUGCAUUACAGAAGGUUGGUGUCAUGCCAAAAGAAGGGAGGCAUAAGGUUCAGUUUAAAUGGCCACUCCUACUUCAAUUUGGUCUUAAUCACCAAUGUGGGAGGCUCGGGUGAUGUCCGGUCGGUUUCCAUCAAAGGUUCGAAAACUAAUUGGGAGCCGAUGAGCCGAAACUGGGGGCAAAAUUGGCAAAGUUUUAGUUUACUCGACGGGCAAAGCCUCUCGUUCAAGGUCACCACGGGUGAUGGCCGCACAGUUACUUGUGAUGAUGUCAUCCCUGCCGGGUGGUCUUUCGGUCAAACCUUCACAGGCCCACAAUUCACUUGA